AUGGCUGGCCCAGCACCGGACACCGCAACACCCGUGUCUACGACUUCACAACUGCCGUGUUGCCCUGCACGCGGAAAGCCCAAGCCCUAUGAUCGCAAGAACAGGGCUGGGCCUAAACCUGCUACCUCACACAAAACCUCUGCCAAGUCUCCUACGAACAAGGCGGACAAACGUGAAGCGCUCACCCUUGGCGACUGGCUUGAUGUUCUUGAUUACAUCGACAAGAACCCCGGAGCCACACAGCCCAAGGUUGUGGCACACUUUGCCACCCGUCUGGAAGGGGCCCUGCUCUUUGAUCAGUCGUUGCUCUCCCGCAAUGCAUUAGUGAAGGGAAGAGCAAGACUUGCCACUCGACUCGAGGCCACGGCAAAUGCGCGCGACACAAGACGCGCACACAUUGUGAUGUGCCCUGACGUCGAGCACGCGCUCUGGCUGUGGCACCAAAGCAUGGAGGCGCGCGGCAAGACCCCCAGUGGCGCUAUGCUCGUAGCGAAGUGA